AUGACCUUGGCCGAAUUGCCCAUUGAGCUUUACGAAGCAAUCCUGUUUUACGUACCUUCUCGGGAUCUCCAGUACACCAUUCUGUCCGUCUCUCGAGCGCUUCCUUUCUCUCCCGUCCCACUUCAUGAGUUGUUCCGCAGCAUAAGGAUCACCCGCCCCGAGCAAGCCAUUCACUUGUACCGUCGUCUUCGCCUCAGAAAUCGCUCCACACUCAAGCCAAACCUCAAUGGCCUUGAGGAGGCAACUCAAGACAAGGCUGCGUCGUGGAUACGCGAACUCUUCAUUGAAUCGUGGUCGGUCGACGCAGACGUGGUCCUCAAUCUCGUAAAACUCAUUCCUCGACUUAACUUGUUGAACCUAUGGAUCGGUCCCAACAACUUCACUCCGGAACACUUGGAGGAGCUGUGUGAGAAGCCUAUACCUGGACUGACUUACCUUUCGUUGAGGUUCAGACCUUAUGUUCAAAAGGCCAAUUACUACCAAUUUCUGAAGGGUGCAUAUUUUGAUUCAACCCUCAUUGCGAUUUCUCGAUGGCCGCCCUCAGACCUCGCCACGAUCUCUAUUGUUCAGGAUCCAGUCCCCCCGGAGGAACAGUCAAGGCCAGCUUUUGCUCAGCCUAUUGUCUUUUUUCGACUGCAGCCAUCUGUGUCCAUCCUCAUCCACUCGGAGUCCUUGUCCUCGUCCCUAACGUCUGUUCGUCUCCGUGUCCCUUUACGGCCAGUAGCAAGCGCUUUCUGUUUGUCGGCGUCAGCAGCCAUUACACUCGAUACUCAUACACUGAGUAUCCCCGAGCUGGAAUUCAUUGACCUGUCCACAUCCGCCGUACUCGAGUCAGAAAUCGACACCUUUUCCGUGUGUUUCAAGACCUUGGAACACCUUAUAUUAGACGGAUGCGGGCUUUCCACGAUGCGCGAAGGCGAGUGGAGUGCGAUAGGAAAGCGUUGUGCCCUUGCGGGCGUCCAGAGAGCGAGAGAAAGAGAGAAGACAUUGAAAACUUGGUUAGAAACUUGGCUGGCAACGGCUAGCGUCGGAAACGACAAUGUUCUUGCUGAAGCGGCUGCAGAUCUGAAUAUCCGCGCAAAGAAGCCCAGACGUGGUCGACGAGGACUUGCAACCGCCACCAUUUCGCUGCGUUCAUCAUCCCCUGACGCAGCGUCGUCUUCUCGACCUUCCCUUUCGACACGGAGAUUCGAGAUCCCCAAAAUUCGCAUCCUUCCACCCCUUCCUACGCUGACCACUCUGUCGAUGGCAGCUUCUUCGAUCAAGCCAGAUAUGUAUCCUGUUUCUAUUACAGAGUUUGAAGCUGGAUGGGCUGAGGGCAUCGCUCAAUUGGCUGUCACUCGUGCAAGACUCCGAGCUAGUGCGCGUAAUGGGGUUAGGGUGGUGCGUUUUAUGGAAGACAGUGAGUCCGACUCGCAGGAUGGGGGCCGCGAAGGGUUGGAAGGUUUGGAAGACGUCAACAAAGACGACCAAGCUGCAUUUGAUAUGCCUGUGGAAAUUGGUGAUGGAAGGGACGUAUACCGGGCUCCUGUUCUUUGCCUUGCUGGUGAUGCAGAAGUAGGACACAGUGAGGGCUGCGGACACGCUGUAGCUUCUCGAAUUUGGGUUGGUUAA